AUGGGGGGAGAUGGAGGACAGGUCAUCGACCGAGCGACCAUGGUCAGAACAAAGGGGUACGGGCUCACAAAAAGUGCAGGCGAUCGUUAUGCAGCUUCACUUGGCGAGAUGGCCAACUACACUCAGCAGCUAUUCGAGGACCGUGGGAUGGGAGCACUGGAACGUCACAGGACACGCAUGUCACAGUGCUUUCUUUCGCAGCAGGCCCUCUGCGAGCCAGUGGUAGCCUGCCGUCUUGGUAACCUGUACAACAAGGAGGCAUUCAUCGGGGCACUGCUCAACAAGAAGCUUCCCAGCAGGCUCAGCCACAUUCGGGCGCUGAAAGAUGUGAAGCAGUGCACGCUGUCGUGGGCAACAGAAGAGGGCGAAAGGCGAAUGGUUGACCCUGUAACCCGCGAGAUUCUGGAUACAGGCGGCUCGCGUGCUGUGCUCAUCUGGCCAAGUGGUGUCGUAGUGUCCGUGAAGACGCUCGCUGAGCUCAAGAUCAAAGAGUGCCCGGUGACAGGGACAGCGUUCGACCCAGACAAGGACGUGAUAGCCUUGGCUCCCAACGAGGAGGAGCUGCAGAGGCUUCACGACAAGCUGCCAGCGCAGACCAAAAAGCGGAUGGCGGCGGCCAUGGAGGGUGCCGCGCUUGGCGAACCAGCAGCCGCCGUCGCGCAGGCGUGCGAGCAGCCUGCCGCGAAGCGGAGCAAGCCCACCGCUGGCGAAGAGGUUUUCCGGGAGAACGCAGCGAAGAGCGAGACGUACAAAAAAUUAUUCAACCCAGACUUGGGACCUGGUCUGACAGGCACGCGGGACCCGUUGGGCACGCCAUGCUACAACCGCGGUCCAAAGGUGUGA